AUCUAAAACUGAGUGACAGUGUACUGUACAGAAUUGCCACACUAUAUGCAAAACGCAAAUGUGGCCAAUGUAAAACCUGCAAAAAAACAGAAACAGAAACAGUAAUUUUAAUAAAAUUUAAAAACUUUUUCUUAAAAUUAAACAAAUCAAACUACUGUAUUGUAUUCGUAUUUCAUGUAACAGCGCCUCUUCCAUUCUCUCUGGACUAAAACACAUUUGAAUUGCUGUGUUCAUUUUCUUUUAAAAUAACACAUAAAGCAAUUCAGAAUUGGCUUUCUAAGGGUGUCACCGGACACUGACAGCCCCUUCACUGUGACUCAAUUCUACAGUAAUCGCAUCUGAAUGAUCUUCACUACAUCUCUCUGCUUUUUUUAGGAAAACAGAUUCGUUUUUUUUUUUUUUGUCGUGAAUUAGAAAAUGAUAGCUUGAUACCCGUAAGAUGUACUAAUCGUCAAGGAAACGAAACAAUGGAGCAGAUUUGUUAUUUCACCAACACACGUCUUUCUCUUUGCGAUUGAAUCUGCUGAUAUGAACUCCAAUCCUUUCUUUUUUUGGGGACGCCGCAGUGACGUUUUCUUGUUGCUGUAGAAACGUCUCACGCUGUGGAGGCGGUUUGUGUUUUUGUGUUUGUGUUAAAUGUGUUGAUUGAAGAAGCGCACCAUGACCCCGGACCAGUCUUCAGACGUCAAUCCCAGAAUAUUGUCUUUAGCGGCAGAAGUCGCUGAAAGCGCAGAGCAGAAUGUACCAGUAUUGCUGUUACAGUUGAAAGAAAUCCUGCAAGGGGUGUCUGCAAGAGGCAAAGAACUGAAGAAGCUGAAGCAAGACCUUUAUGACUAUGACCUCAUCCAGUACUGUGUUUUAGUACUGAAGCAAGAUUACUGUAGAAUUCAAGGGGGCUGGGCAACUGCUGCCCAGCUAGCUGAAAUCCUUAGUAACUGCUGUGUGGGUCUGAAUCCUGAAGAAGAGGCGGAGGAGUUUUACAGUAAAGUCCUUCCUUCGGCGGCAGAGAAUCUGCUCAUCCUGGCAAGACGUUUACAGGCACGCUUCACAAGAGCGGUCAAGGAUGAAGAGAAAACAGAUUUUUUCCGUAGCUUUCGCACAGUUACAGAUUCCAUUUGCUGGCUUUUUGGUGGGCAUGUCCAGCUGACUCAGCAAGUGAUGCAGUCGGGGCACUUCCUGCAGUUACUCCUCACCGAUGAUGUUGAAACAGAGGCCGUCAUGAUGUCUGUGUUGCAAAAUAUCAUCAGAGUUAACAGUGUGGUGUUGAUGAAGACAGAUGAGAAAACUGUUCAUGCAAUUCUGGAUGAGCUGGUUUACAAGCUCUCGUCAUCUUCCAAUCCUGUAAUAGGCAUCGCUGCCACGAAAGCCAUGAUAUUGAUUGCAAAUCACCACCAGUCCAUUUUGAAGAGCAUUUGCAACCGUUACAAAGGGUUGCGGAUGCUGCUGAGUAAACAGUGGAGUGGGAAAGGGUUCGAUAGAGAACUGGGGCAGCUUUUGGAACUCCUGUAUUCCAGGACCUACCAGCAAAACCAGAUGCAGAGGUUACAUCAUGCAGCCUGUGUGAUCCAAGCAGCGUGGAAGGCAUUCCAAACUAGGAAAAGGAUCAAGAGACUCCCGAAAGCUGUGUCUUCCCUUCAGAAGAGCUUCAGAGUGAAAAAGGAGCAGCAACUGCUGCUGCUGGAGAGGCAGAGAGAGGAAGAGGAGCUCAGACACCAGCUACAGCUUCAGAGACAGAGAGCUAUUCGAGAAUUUCGACAACGCCAACUGCACAUGCUAGAGAUAGUGCCUGCAAGUCUGGUGGACAGGCACUUGCGGGAACAGGAACUGAAGGCUGUAGUGCUGAUUCAGAAACAGUGGAGGGGACACAGGGAGAGGAAGGGUUUCCACCUGCAGAAACAGGCUCUGAAACAGUUCAAGGCAGCUGUCACCUUACAAAGAGCAGCUCUUCGGUUUUUAGAAAAAAGAAGGAACGCGAGGAAAGUCCUGCCUCCCUGGAAAGGUCCGCAAGGACUGACUGAUGCACGUCGGCUGGAGUUAAGGAAAUUAGUGGAAGAACACAUUGCACUGCAUCCAGCUCCAUUAUUAUCGGAGCAGAGCAGUAAGGAACUCCAUUUGAAAUGUCAAGAGAUGCUCGCGCAACACUUGAUGAAGAGACACUGGCACAGAAAAGCAGAGCAGCGCAGUGACGCCCUCAGAGCUCAGAUCAACACUGACAUUGAACUACUGAUGAAUGCUCCGGGGUUAAAAGCAGCCACAGAAAAGGAGCUGGCUGUUUUCACGAGCCGAUCCGCCCCUGUGGCGGCGCGAGCGAAGCAGACCCACACCACCAUGCUGCAGUUCACACGCUGGCCUUGGUGGAAGAAGCUGGGCGAUGAAUUCAUGGAUCCUGAAAAUAUACCCCACGACAAUCUGGACAUUGAGUUUGAGAGCUUAUAUCUGGGAGGCAAUGAAAAAGUAUAAUCUGUUUGAUUAAUCUGUUAAGAAUUGUGACAGAUCAUUGCCUUCUCUUCCUACUGACUCCUGUAAUACAUUUAUAUCUGAAUCUGAAGCUGUUUCAAUGUGGCCACAAUCUAGUAACCCAGCGUGACUUCCUUUUUGUUUACCAGAUUUGCUGUGAAUUAAUCAGUUUUGGGCCGUUUAUGAGUGUACCUGCAGUAAAGGGGGGCAUCAUCAAAGCAAUACUUUAAACACAGGCUGACUUUCUGCUUGUAGUUGAAGCUUCGCAGCAACUGCAAGGCCAUCAUGAUUUGUUUUUAUUGCAGUGGAAACGUUUUCAACAAUAGUCUCCUUCUGAGCAUCUCAAGGCCACAGAAAGAGCUGCUUUGCCAGCACCACGACCAUGACUUUGCACACUCAAGUUGUGUCAGAUUUAUUCACUCAGCUGCUGUGUUGUUGUAUGUGUAGAGCACUUCAUUAUUUCUUUAUGUAUUUUUCAAUAACCUGAAGCGAGAGAGCGAGUCUGCUCAGUGAGUAGUGUCUCAAUCACACUGAGGGGCUGACAGGAGGGAGCGAGUCUGCUCAGUGAGUAGUGUCUCAAUCACACUGAGGCUGACAGGAGGGAGCGAGUCUGCUCUUGAGUAGUGUCUCAAUCACACUGAUGAGCUGACAGGAGGGAGCAAGUCUGCUCAGUGAGUACUGUCUCAAUCACACUGAGGCUGACAGGAGGGAGCGAGUGUGCUCUGUGAGUAGUGUCUCAAUCACACUGAGGGGCUGACAGGAGGGAGCGAGUCUGCUCAGUGAGUAGUGUCUCAAUCACACUGAGGCUGACAGGAGGGAGUGAGUCUGCUCUUGAGUAGUGUCUCAAUCACACUGAUGAGCUGACAGGAGGGAGCAAGUCUGCUCAGUGAGUACUGUCUCAAUCACACUGAGGCUGACAGGAGGGAGCGAGUGUGCUCUGUGAGUAGUGUCUCAAUCACACUGAGGGGCUGACAGGAGGGAGCGAGUCUGCUCAGUGAGUAGUGUCUCACUCACACUGAGGCUGACAGGAGGGAGCGAGUGUGCUCUGUGAGUAGUGUCUCAGUCACACUGAUGAGCUGACAGGAGGGAGCGAGUCUGCUCAGCGAGUAGUGUCUCAAUCACACUAAGGAGUUGACAGGAGGGAGCGAGUCUGCCCGGUGAGUAGUCAGUGUCUCAAUCACACUGAGGGGCUGACAGGAGGGAGCGAGUCUGCUCAGUGAGUAGUGUCUCAAUCACACUGAGGCUGACAGGAGACAGCGAGUCUGCUCUGUGAGUAGUGUCUCAAUCACACGGGCUGACAGGAGGCAGCGAGUCUGCUCAGUGAGUAGUGUCUCAAUCACACUGAGGGGCUGACAGGAGGGAGCGAGUCUGCUCAGUGAGUAGUGUCUCAAUCACACUGAGGGGCUGACAGGAGGGAGCGAGUCUGCUCAGUGAGUAGUGUCUCAAUCACACUGAGGCUGACAGGAGAGAGCGAGUCUGCUCAGUGAGUAGUGUCUCAAUCACACUGAGGGGCUGACAGGAGGGAGCGAGUCUGCUCAGUGAGUAGUGUCUCAAUCACACUGAG